CAAAAAUUUUCUAACGCAGAACUGUAAGCAAUUCCGGUGAUCAUCCAAACGCGUGGGAAGAUUUGGUCAGCUCGGAUCUCUGGUUCGGUAUAUGAUAGAAAUCUUAGUUGAAAUCGGUUAUUGUUCUCUGGUAAGAGGAAACGACCUGUAGCUUUCGGCAGGUAUUGGGAGCAUGGAGGCCGCUACUGCCCCGACCUUGCAGUUUCCUGCAUGGAUUGGCCAAGAGAAGAUCGGAAGGAAAACAAAUGGUUUCUUGCGGUUUUCUCAUAAAUGCAGGGAGGAGAAGGGCAUUCGUAUGCUUAAAUCAAGGGAUUUGCAGUGGAGGAGUGCUUCUGCUCGGCCUAGAAUUCUUGUUUUGGAGGUUUCGGCUUCUUAUAAGAAUUCGCCUGCUUCGGAAUUGGAAUCAGGAAAGGUAUCUACCUCCUUUGACGAAGCUUUGAUUUUAAAGAAGAAGGCACAGGAGGUUGGACCACAAUUAGAUGGGCGUUGCAUUUAUCUUGUUGGAAUGAUGGGCUCUGGUAAAACAACAGUUGGGAAGAUUCUAGCAGAAGAAUUGGGUUAUUCUUUCUUUGACAGUGACAAAUUGGUGGAGGAGGUUGUGGGUGGAACAUCUGUGGCCCAGAUAUUUAAACAGUAUAGUGAGAGUUUCUUUAGAGAUAACGAGAGUGAAGUAUUACAGAAGUUGUCUUUGACGCGCCAGCUAGUUGUUGCCACUGGUGGUGGUGCGGUGAUUCGGCCAAUCAACUGGAAAUAUAUGAAGCAGGGUAUCACAGUCUGGUUAGAUGUGCCUUUGGAAGCUUUGGCAAGGCGUAUUGCUGCUGUAGGGACAGAUUCUCGCCCUCUUUUGCAUGGAGAACCGGGUGAUGCUUAUUCAAAGGCAUUAUUGCAACUCUCAACGCUUUUCAAAGAGAGGGGUGAAGCAUAUGCCUAUGCCGAUGCCAGAGUUUCGCUCCCUCAUAUUGCAGCCAAGCUGGGACUUAAUGAUGCAUGUGAUCUCACACCAAAUGCUAUUGCUAUAGAGGUCCUUGUACAAAUCGAGAAUUUUGUAAAGCGUGAUGAUGACACGUCUGUUGCAAGGAAUUCAUAGCUCUCGCUCUGGUUUUGGCUUCAGUUUGUAGUAAUCCUUUCUGCCCUUACCCGUAUUUAUUCAGUGGUGGUAUUGUUGCUCUAAUGUACAGAUGGAUAAGAUGUUUCAGCCUACUUGUAUAAUAUCUUCUCUU